CUCUUCUUUCUGCCGUCACAUUCCCACCCCCUAUCCUAUUUUUUUCUUUUUUUUUUCUCUGUUGAACAUGUCUUCAUCACAUGUGCACCCUGCUGUUACUGUUACUAAUAUCAAGAAUGCCAUUCCACUUAUACUUGAUAUGCAAACAGGUCAUUACAACACCUGAGCCGAGUUAUUUACCCUUAACUGUCGUGCACACGAUGUUCAUGAUCCUCUCCUCCCAUGUGAAACAUCAUCAUCAUCCGAUUCUACCACCAACAAAGACAAAGAAGCCCCCAACCCACCUACACCGAAUCAUGGGAACGUAUCGACGCCAUUGUUCUACAAUGGAUUUACGGUACCAUCUGGAACGACCUACUACACACCGUUAUGAAACCCAAAACAUCGGCCUACGAUGCUUGGUGCACCAUUAGAAACCUUUUUCUUGACAACCAAGCCUCUCGUACCAUACACGUACAAAAUAAAUUCGCCAAUACCCGUCUUGAACAGUUCACCGACAUGUCCUCAUAUUGCUAGGCCAUGAAACUAAUUUUUGACCAACUCACUAGCCUCGGCUCCAACACCACCGAGAACCAAUUGGUCCUACAAAUCCUAGCCGGCUUGAACGAUCAAUACGAAAGUACUUCCCUUAUUCUCCAACAAACCCAACCGCUACCCGGCUUCUACAACACCCGGUCCCGUCUUUGUCAGGUUGAAGACCAUAAAAACACACAAGCCAAACUUUCUGCCCAAGCCACCGGCACUGCCUUAACGCAACUACCGAUGACCCAAACCGACCACCUCCACAAAACCGAUACUCCUCUGACACUCGCUCACGUAACCGUGGACAUGGUCGCGGACGUGGUCGGGGUCGGCAGAAUUAUAACCGUGGCCAAGGACAGACAAACUACAACCAAAACUAACCCUACGGCCCACACUAUUCUUGGCCCACUCCACCUCAACACCCAUGGACUCCCUGGCCCAACUACCCACCCUGCCCAUACCCAUCCAGCCCAUCCCGAUCAGCGCCAGCCCAGCACAACGACUCAGGCCCAAGCAUGUUGGGCCCGCGUCCCUCCUCUAACAACUCGGCCCAAUCCUAUGCAGCCUCCUACUCACCAACCGACAUUGCUCAAGCCCUCUACAACUUGGCUAUUCAUCAGAAUGACCAGUCAUGGACCAUGGAUACAGGUGCUUCAGGACCUUCGGACCAAGAAACCUAUCCUACAGUGCAAUAGCUCGGGGGACCUCUACACGCUCAGCCCAUCCAACAUCACUAACCUUCAGUCUGCGUCCACUUUUGCAGCGAUAUCUCAAGACACUUGGCAUCAAAGGCUAAGCCACCCUGGCCCAGCCAUUUUACAAAGUUUAAAAACUUCUGAAUUUAUUAAGUGUGGUUCUUUGCAUAAUAAAGUUUGUUCAUCGUGUAUUUUUGGCAAACAUAUUCGGCUUCUUUUUGCUAAAUCAAUUACAAGUACUACUAUGCCAUUUGAUCUUGUUCACAGUGAUGUCUGGACUUCUCCAAUUAUUAGCAAUGGCGGCCAUCGCUAUUACAUGUCUUCUCGUAAGCUAUCCGACACUCUCAAGAGAUCCAGGGAAAAGUCUCAAAAAAAGAUGAUAUCCUUCAUGGCUGACCAGAUUGCUCGCGUCGUGCCAAAGAUCAUCUCUGAGAUCCAAGGAUCAAACACUCCUCCAUCCUCUGCUGAUUCUAAGACAGAGAAGACUAGGAGUGCAACGGGAAUGUUUCAAGGCAGAGCUCUAGAGUGGUGGUCGAAUGAGAGAAACAUCUGCUCUAACGAAGAAGCCUAUGCUCUUCCAUGGUCCGGGGUGCGAGAAUUAAUGAUGCUUGAAUUCUGCCCUCCCCAUGAACAACUGAAGCUCGAAGAAGAGUUUUGGCACUUAAAGCAGAUUGGUGAUGAUAAUCUGGCUUAUACUACUUGUUUCAAGCAGCUCAGCUUAAUCGUUCCUCACUUGGUUUCCACUCCUAAGCGCAUGAUAACCAAGUACAUCAAUGGUCUACCUCCUACUAUUGAGGAAGUCUACCGUCUUGCAGCCAGUCUCAACAACAACCGCGUUCGUGAUAAGCAGUUUGCUAACCCUGCUCCUUCUAAGUCUGCACAUCAAGUUACCCAGCAGCCAAGUGGCAGCAAGAAUAAGAGGAGAAAGUCAUAG